CCAGCUCAAGCUAGCUCUUCCUCGGCUUAGGUAGAAAUGGACACUCGCUCUUCAGCACGGAGGCGCUCUGGAUUUCCAACUUUCAGAGGCUCUCUGGUCUUCUGGCUCAUCCUCUGGAUGAUCUUUUCAAAGCCGUGUUCAGUCUCCUCUUGCCCACGCCUGUGCAUCUGUUACCCGGCACCCAUGACAGUCAGCUGUCAGUCCCAGAACUUCUCGAACGUGCCAGCCGGCAUCCCUUACGAUAGCCAGAGGGUGUUCCUGCAGAAUAACCGCAUCACGGAGCUGCGAGCCGAGUCCUUCGGGUUUGGGACACAGGUGCUCUGGCUGUAUUCAAACAAUAUCACCUUCAUUGAGCCUGGGGCCUUUAGUGACCUACGUGACUUGGAGGAGUUGGACAUUGGAGACAAUCGGAAUCUGCGCUCCCUGAACCCAGAUAUCUUCAGAGGACUGGACAAACUACAGAGUCUGCACAUGUACCGUUGCCAGCUGGGCUCAUUGCCUGGGACCAUUUUCCAGAAACUCUACAGUCUUCAGUUCCUUUACCUUCAAGACAAUAAUCUGCAUUACCUGCAGGAUGACCUGUUUGCAGAUCUGGUCAACCUUACACAUCUGUUCCUUCAUGGCAACCGAAUACGUGUCCUUUCUGAGAAUGUCUUCCGUGGGCUGGUAAACCUUGAUCGCCUCCUUCUGCAUGAAAAUCGAAUCCGACAGGUCAGCCGAAAGGCAUUUCGGGACCUUGGUCGGCUCACUAUUCUCUUCCUCUUUAAUAACACCUUGUCUGAGCUUCCUGGACCUGCACUCAAUGACCUUCCCUCUUUGCAGUUCCUUCGUCUCAAUGGCAAUCCCUGGUCCUGUGGAUGUGAGGCUCGUCCUCUUUGGGAAUGGUUCAGAAAAGUUAGGAUUUCAAGUUCUGAAUUGGUUUGCUCAACUCCUGAGGACAAAAAAGGCCUAGACCUGCGGUUCUUGAGAGAGAUUGAUUUUGCUCCCUGCCCACUCCCUGAUCUUGGCCUAGGCAAAACAACAUCCACAUUCAGCACCAAAACAAGGUGGUGGUUCCCUAAAUCCCUUAAUGGAAAUGAGCAGCUAAAAGGCCUCCAUGGUAGCAAGAAAAAGGGAAGUAUUUCUUCUUGGGAUGAGGCCAAACCCCAGCCAUCAUCUUUUUACAACAAGUCCCCCAAGAUCUACAGCCCCAAGGAUGCAGAGGAGUCUCUUCCCAAGAUUGAUACGGAAGAAUAUUGGGCUAACUAUGAAAAUGAAGAUGCUACCAUUCGCUGCUUUGAGGAGGACUGCCAAAAUGAAAGAUCAUUCCGGAACACUGGAGUACGAACAGGAGUCCCCGAUCUCUACAAGCUGGCACUAUCUUUAACAGUCGUGUUGUUUGUUGGCCGAUUGUAGCAAUGCAACGUUCCCAUAAGAACAAACUGAACUCUGUUUUUUUCCUGCAGCUGGUGCUAAUUCAAAUUUCAAACACACAAGAAAAAAAAAUUCUCACACCAAUUCCCCGAAACCUUUUGCAUCUGCAGUGACUUUCAACAACUUCAAGUGAUCUAGGUAUUUCAGUCCAUGUCAGCUAGACUAACUAACAAGUAUGGUGCAGCGUGUGCUAUGGAGGAUCACCUUUAAGAUAAAGCGAUGAGCUGAUUCUGUGUGACGAAGCUGUUAAUUUUAAAGAGCUGUUCUACUGUAGGGAGUGCACAGCAUUUUCAACCUGUAAUUCAACAGAGAAAUCGGUCUACACUAGAAAUAGGACAGAAAGUGGAAGGUCAACCAUUAAUUAAUCAAUGAUGGUGGCAACGUUAGGUCUGUGCUUUUUAACUGUGUUAGUAUAAAGAUUCCUCAAUUCAUUGGCCGAGGAGUUCACAGAAUUUAGGAAGGAGGAGCCCAUCCAUAUUUGGAGAUGCCAGACUAUGCCAGGAACACCAUACUGAUACUCCUAAAUGUUAGGAAGGCAGGGUCUUCAGCAUCUUGAAGAGCUUAACAGAGGAAAGUUAGGGAGUGUAGAGGGUGAAACAACAAAUCCUGACAGAAAUGAGGUCAUGGGAACACAAUGGCCUUGUUUCUGCUACUGCAAUGUACAAAACAAUUAGAAUGGGUAACAAUAUGAAGAAGACAAUCUUUGUUUUAUUGUUACUAGUAUGGUGUUUAUUUUACUGUAAUUAAAAAACGAACCUUUGCAAAGUUUUUUUUUGUUGAAGGUAGCAAAUUAUUUUAUGUCUGUCUGUUGUUUUCUUCUUUUCCUGAUUUUUUUUGGAAUGUUAUUAAAUAACAGUAUACAUAAAUGGUGUUAAAGAAUGCUAUUUUUGUUGAACCUAAUUCAUUAUGAGAUGUUACUUUUUCCCUUGGAUUUUCUUUGAAAUAAAAUUGUAGUCUUGAUGAGA